GCGCCAGGUUUUUAAUGUUUACAUUCGAAGCGGGCGGCCCGCGGCGGCGCCCCUCCCCCGCUCCCCGCCUCAUUCUCCUCAGUCGCCUCAGCAGCAGCAGCAGCUCCGGCUUCAGUCUCCUCGGAGGCGUCCUCCCCUCAGCGACCGUUUCGCUUUCAUUUCCGGGCAGCAGCGGCGGCGGCGGCGACUCUCGGCAGCCCCAGCCCCCAGCACCACGACAACGGCGGCGGCGGCGGCGACGGUGGUGGUGGCGAGCCGCGUCGAGGAGGAGGCGAAGGAGGAGCAGCAGCAGCAGCAGCCGCUCGCCGGCCUAAGCCGCCGCCGCCUCUUGCUCCACGCGCCCGCCAGGGACACGGAGCCCGGAGGCCACAAGAAAGGAGGAGCGGGCGGCCGCGGCGCCGCCGGCUGCCUCAGCCGAGGAGGGCCUUCCAGCGCCGCCAGCCCAGCCUCCUGCCCGGCCGCAGACAUGGAGGAGCUGGUGGUGGAGGUGCGCGGCUCCAACGGGGCCUUCUACAAGGCUUUUGUGAAGGAUGUGCAUGAAGAUUCAAUAACGGUUGCAUUUGAAAAUAAUUGGCAGCCAGAGAGACAGAUUCCUUUCCAUGAUGUCAGGUUUCCUCCACCUGUGGGUUACAAUAAAGAUAUAAGUGAGAGUGAUGAAGUUGAGGUUUAUUCCAGGGCUAAUGAAAAGGAACCAUGUUGCUGGUGGCUGGCUAAAGUGAGAAUGAUAAAGGGUGAGUUUUAUGUAAUAGAAUAUGCAGCCUGUGAUGCUACCUACAAUGAAAUUGUCACAAUUGAGCGUCUACGAUCUGUGAAUCCCAACAAACCUGCAACAAAGGAUACGUUUCAUAAAAUCAGACUUGAUGUACCAGAAGAUUUAAGGCAAAUGUGUGCUAAGGAAUCCGCACACAAGGACUUCAAGAAGGCAGUUGGGGCAUUCUCAGUCACAUAUGAUUCUGAAGCCCAUCAGCUUAUAAUUUUGUCUAUUGAUGAGGUAACAACAAAACGCGCAAAUAUGCUCAUUGAUAUGCACUUCCGAAGUCUUCGCACCAAGUUAUCAUUGAUUAUGAGAAACGAAGAAGCAAGCAAACAAUUAGAGAGUUCAAGGCAGCUUGCUUCACGAUUUCAUGAGCAAUUCAUUGUACGUGAAGAUCUAAUGGGUCUGGCCAUUGGCACUCAUGGUGCUAAUAUUCAACAAGCCAGGAAAGUACCAGGUGUGACAGCUAUAGAUCUUGAUGAAGACACUUGUACAUUCCAUAUUUAUGGAGAGGACCAAGAUGCAGUAAAGAGGGCAAGAAGUUACCUUGAAUUUGCUGAAGAUGUCAUCCAAGUCCCCAGAAACUUAGUAGGAAAAGUUAUAGGAAAAAAUGGAAAACUCAUUCAAGAGAUCGUGGAUAAAUCAGGUGUUGUAAGAGUGAGAAUUGAGGCUGAAAAUGAUAAAAAUAUUCCACAGGAAGAGGCGUUAGUUGUGUCAUCAACUGUGGGAGGGAGAAAGCAAAAACCUGAACUCAAAACUUGGCAGGGAAUGGUUCCUUUUGUCUUUGUGGGAACCAAGGACAGCAUUACGAAUGCCACAGUUCUUUUGGAUUAUCACCUCAACUAUUUAAAGGAAGUGGAUCAACUGCGUCUAGAGAGAUUGCAAAUAGAUGAACAGCUUCGACAGAUUGGGGCCACUUCCAGACCACCACCAAACCGCACAGAUAAAGAAAAAGGAUACAUGACUGAUGAUGGCCCAAGCCUUGGAAGAGGUAGCCGACCCUACAGAAACAGAGGGCAUGGGAGACGUGGACCAGGCUAUGCUUCAGGAGCUAAUUCUGAAGCAUCAAAUGCUUCUGAAACAGAGUCUGAUCACAGAGAUGAGCUUAUUGACUGGUCAUUAGCCCCAGCAGAAGAAGAGCGUGACAGCUACCUUCGUAGAGGAGAUGGGCGAAGACGUGGUGGAGGUGCACGUGGUCAAGGAGGAAGGGGUCGGGGAGGUUUCAAAGGAAAUGAUGAACAGUUGCGAACAGAUAACCGUCAACGUAAUUCAAGAGAUACUAAAGGGAGAACAGCAGAUGGGUCACUUCAGAUCAGAAUUGACUGCAAUAAUGAAAGGAGUGUCCACACUAAAACAUCACAGAAUACCUCCAAUGAAGGUAGCCGGUUGCGCACGGGUAAAGAUCGUAACCAGAAGAAAGAGAAGUCGGACAGCGGGGAUGGUCAGCAACCGUUGGUGAAUGGAGUACCCUAAACUGCAUAGUUUGAGAAGUUAUAUUUCCUAAACUGUUUCAGUAAAACUUAUUCCACAUUAGAUAAACUUAUUAGGCCAAAGACAAAUAGUAGGCAAGAUGGCGCAGGGCAUGAAAUGAAUAUAAAAAGUUCUUUUCGCCUUUUUUAAACAUCAGUAUGCAGUUUUUUCAAAAUAAGAUGUUUUACUUGCAUUAAAAAUACCUUGAACUUCUGGAAAAAAAUUGCUUUUAAGUACAUAUUGCACUUCAAACGAUGAAAUAAUCCAUUUGUUUGUUUAUAAAAUAAUGAAACUGUGCAUAGGUAUUUCUGUUCAGUUGUACCAUUUCAAUGAAUUGGUCAAAAUCACUGCUAAAUUUCAAUUUUUAGAAUAAAUAGUGUUUGCAGUAAUCAGAUUGGGCUUCUGUUUUCAAUCUUUUAGGAGUUACUCACCUUAAACAUUAAAAGGUUCUGUUUUAUGUCCUGUGUCAGUUCACAUUUUGGUUCACUUUUUCAGUAUUUUAGUGAACCUCUCGAUAUAUGUGUAAUGUAACUAAAUUGUCAUUUUCAUUAGCAAAAAGUUGUAUGAUCUGUGCCUUUUUUAUAUCUUGGCAGGUAGGAAUACUAUAUUUGGAUGCAGAAAUCAGGGAAGCUGAGUUGGAAACACUAAAUGUACAAUAUAUGUAGCAAAACUUCUCCAACAAUUAGUACUUUAUUAGAAGAAUGCAUGCUUUCCAUAUUUUUUUCCUUGCAUAAACAUCCAGUUAGGCAAUUUUAAGAAUAGAAAAUUUAUUUUGCACUGAAAUAAUGGCAGAUUAUGUUACUGAGAUGGUGUGUUUUGUUUCUGUUUCCUUUUCAGACAGGACAAGAGAAGUUUUUUGUUUUGUUUUUGUUUUGUUUUUUUAAACCUAUUUCCAUUUGUGAUAAACUAAAACAAUUCAUGGUUACUGAGGGAACAAAUUGUAACUUGUUCAUAAGCUAGUAGUUUGUGCCUGCUGUUGGCCAGAGGACCAAUUUUAAAGAAUAGCUUUCUUUUUAGUUCCCCUACAUUUUUGUUUGAAAUUUGGAAUCUGUCUCAGAUGAGAAAGGAAGUUGAUUUCUAUAUGUGAAACUUAGAAAAAUUCAGGGAUAGUGUAGUUCAACAGCCUUGGAAACAGAACAGUCUUACAAGGUCUCGUGUACAAGUAGAUUCAAAACAUGUUACUGAAGUUGGCAUUAAGUUUAGUUGCCCAUAAUAGGGGUGGGGGAUGCUUUUUAUUUCUGAUCAUGAAUGAAAUUGUACUUGCAAAAAAAAAAAAGUGUAAUAGGACUUCCAUUUUAAGCUAUUCUGUUUUUCUUAAAUUACUCCAGUAGGAGUUUGGGUGAUUAUGUACAGAAUUGUACAAACCUGGCCCUUGUAUCUGCAUGUUGUGCAUUUUUGUUUCUCUGCUGCUUUUUCUCCGCCCAUCCACCCCCUUGCAUACAAGCAAGCAUAUAAAAAUGGCAACAAACUGCACAGAACUUAACAAAUAUUAAAAAGUCUUAAAUAUUGCCAAACUUUAAAUGUUGAUUUCUAGUUAUUUAUUUUGGGGGAAUGUAUAGUAUUUGAAAAAACUGAAAUUGGUACCUUGCACACAUCAUCUGUAAGCUGUUUGGUUUAAAAUACUGUAGAUAAUUAACCAAGGUAGAAUGACCUUGUAAUGUAACUGCUCUUGGGCAAUAUUCUCUGUACAUAUUAGCUACAACAGAUUGGAUUUUAUGUUGACAUUUGUUUGGUUAUAGUGCAAUAUAUUUUGUAUGCAAGCAGUUUCAAUAAAGUUGGAUCUUCCUCUGCUAA